UUUGCAUCCUGCCUGAAAGAGAAGGCGUGUUCGCGUUUAUUCAGCAGUCUACCGUGUCGCGUCAACCUCGCCAAGUUCCACCACACCGCUUGGACUUUUCAGACACCAACCUUCUCCUGGAGAAAAUAUCCACCAACACUGGACAUCAUUGAUUUAAAACAGGCGGUUGGGGAAGUGUUGUACUGUGGAAAGCUCGCGCUCCGCGGAUGUUGCGCUUUGUAUCCUGAUUGCAAAACAAACCUAAAAAAACACACGGAAGCUCUGAGCGCAUGCACUAAUCGCCAAGGUGAGACCACCGUUUACAUGUUGUCAGACCAUACAGUACAAACACACUAUAGAGAUUCUACAAUAGCCUCAUUUUAGGAGGAAGUGCCAACUGAUAAACGUAGUAAACCGAUCCCUGAGUCCGGCAUUCUGUCAUACUAGUAGUACUGUAUUUUACAAUGUAAUCUCCCUCGCUCUCUCGCUCUCAGGGUGAUGGAGGGAGAAGGGGAGUUGUUGGACCUGAGUCACCUGUCAGAGGCAGAGCAGUCUUCCAUCUUGGAAGUGUUGCUAAGGGACUCUGAGCUGCGUUCCCGUGAUGAUGGUCGUUUAAGGGCCCUGCAGCAGAAAGAGGCAGACCCAGUGCGUUUGAGGUCAUUGUCGGGGGCGUGGUUUAAUGAGGAGAGAAGCAAACGCCACCGAGACACGAAGAACGGCGUUGACAUCGUACAGGCCUCUAUACGACGCAGGAAGCCAAGAACAGAUUUGCCUCUGAGUGGGGUGUUUAACGGGCAGACAGAAGCUGCUCCUCCCACUAACAACAAAGACCCAACUUGUCAGAUAAAUGACAAGAAAGACGAGGAUGACAAGAGAAGUUACAGGAGUCAAAAUCGUCUCACACCUACACCCAGAACCAGGAGUCCAAACACACAGAGUCUCCAGGACAGCAACAGCAUCUCAUCUUCAGACUAUUACAGCAGGAGGAAUGUACACAUGGAGGAGACAGGGGAGGGAACACUGCAGGACUCGGAGGACACAAACUCGGUGUCCAGUGGUGUGACAGAUGCUGAUCCGACACCUCUAAGGCCUGGGAGUUCAGUAAGCAGUCUACAGUCUAACUACACAUUGAGUGGCAGUAUGAUGAGUCUGUUCAGUUCGGGGGAGUUCGGAGCAGUGGAGGUGAAAGGGCGUGUCCUAUUCUCAUUGGACUAUGACACUCAGAGGGAGGAGCUGCAGAUCAGAGUGUGUCGCUGUGAAGACCUGGCCGCCGCACGCAAGAACCACUCCGACCCGUAUGUGAAGGCAUAUCUCCUGCCUGAUAAGUCAUCUCACAGUAAGAAGAAAACAUCAGUGAAGAAAAAGACUCUCAGCCCAGUCUUUGACCAGACACUGAAAUAUAAAAUCAGUGUGUCAGAGGUGCGUGGCAGAACUCUGAACCUGUCUGUGUGGCACGCUGCCCCACUGGGCAGAAACCUGUUCCUAGGAGAGGUGGAGCUUGAGCUGGCUCACUGGGACUGGAAACAUACAUGCUCUGACUGGUACCAGCUACAGCCACGGGUCCAGUGUAGUCCAGAGUCUAUCAGUAGUCGAGGAAACAUCCUGCUCUCUAUCAAGUUCAUCCCAGCAGGGUCCGAGGGUGGAGGUCUACCUCUAACAGGGGAGCUACACAUCUGGCUGCGGGAAGCGCAGGGUCUUCUCUCCACCAAAGGGGGUGUUGUUGACUCCUUCAUCAAGAGUUACGUGCUGCCGGACACCAGCCGGUCGAGCGGUCAGAAGACACGCGUGGUUAAGCGGUCGGUCAGUCCGACCUACAACCACACCAUGGUGUAUGACGGGUUCCAGCCUGCUGACCUGAGAGAGGCCUGUGCCGAGCUGACUGUCUGGCACCGUGAAGGGUUAAAAACACACCUGCUGGGAGGGGUCCGACUCAGCCGUGGGACAGGUCUGAGCUACGGAGUGGCAGUGGGUUGGAUGGAUUCAACAGAGGAAGAAGCAUCUAUUUGGAAUUCCAUGAUCCUGAACCCCAACCACUGGAUGGAUACUACACUACCUAUCAGAACUAACCUGGCUGAUCGCCCAGAAUAACACACACACACUACACUUCCCACUAGAAUCUGUACAUAUAAAAGGUAGUGCUGCUGGUAGUAUGUGUUGGGUUUUGUUGCCUACAGUAGGAUACGUAUGGGUAUACUUUUAGCCUACCUGUAGGGCUAGUUUUAGAGACCCAGAUCAAUCAAAUACAUUUCAGUUAGGGCAGUGUAGGGCUAUUGUUUUAAAUUAGGAUAGGGUCAGCUAUACUUCCUCAAGCCUAGCUAGUGGUUUAUAAAUGCCCAAACGAUCAGGGUUGAAUUCCACAAUAAUAAGGAACUAAAAAGAGGAAACUAGGGGGAGGAAAUGCAUAUGACAGUGUGGUAGUUAACAAAGACAUUAAUUAAUCAUGUUAUGUUAAAACUACUGUAUAAAAUGUGUAAUCUAAAAACUUGUGUCAUACAUAUGUCAAGUAAACAAUUUAAGAGUA